UCCCGAUCUGCCACCACCCUAGUCACCUCUGUUGAUCUCGCUUCUUCCUGCCCCCUUUCCGUCCAGCGCACUGCCCUCUCGAGUCACCCCUCUCCUGCUGCCCCAUCCCCAGCCACCCCUUCCCUCUGCUUUCCCCCACCCGCUUCAUCUCCCUAGCCAUCUUUCUCUGCCAUCCUCUUUUACCUCAUUCACCAGCUCUCCUCUGAUAUUUCUGUUCCCUCCCCACACUUGCCCUGUGGCCCGUUGCUUUACACCUGGCAAUCGCCAGGCUUCCCCUCCUGAAUAGCACCUCCUGGUCCUCUGUAACUGCUUCCCACCUACCACCCCCUUCCCCAGCACUCUGCCCUGCCUCCAAAUAGUGAGCAUGAGGAGGAGACUGCCCCAGCAGUGAAGAAUAAGGAGCGAUCCCGGGGUGUCUUUUUGGGACUGCUACUCUCUUUUCUGCGCCUCUCCUUUGAGGGGGGCCUAGCCCCCCACCAACCUCCUGUUCCUUUAGGUGUCACAGGCCAGGGUGGUGGCUGUGGUGUGACAGGCGGCAGGAUGACCGACACCCGGCGGAGAGUGAAAGUUUACACGCUGAAUGAAGACCGCCAGUGGGAUGAUCGAGGCACUGGACAUGUGUCCUCUGGCUACGUGGAAAGGCUGAAGGGCAUGUCCCUGCUUGUCAGGGCAGAGAGCGAUGGUUCUCUUCUUUUGGAGUCCAAAAUUAAUCCAAACACUGCAUACCAGAAGCAACAGGUGGCUUGCUAAAUCUGUUCCUUCUGUCCACCACCUCUUCCCCAAUCCUUUGGAAAAAGAAAAGGACACUUUGAUUGUGUGGUCUGAAGCUGAAAAUUAUGAUUUGGCACUUAGCUUUCAAGAAAAAGCUGGAUGUGAUGAAAUAUGGGAAAAAAUAUGCCAGGUUCAAGGAAAAGAUCCUUCAGUGGAUAUUACUCAGGACCUUGUAGAUGAAUCUGAGGAGGAACGUUUUGAUGAUAUGUCAUCACCAGGUCUAGAAUUGCCAUCUUGUGAAUUAAGUCGACUAGAGGAAAUUGCGGAACUUGUGGCAUCUUCACUGCCUUCCCCAUUGCGUCGUGAAAAACUCGCACUAGCAUUGGAGAAUGAGGGCUAUAUUAAAAAGCUCUUAGAAAUUUUUCAUGUGUGCGAGGACUUGGAGAACACCGAGGGACUACACCACUUGUAUGAAAUUAUCAAGGGAAUCUUCCUUUUGAACAGAACUGCACUUUUUGAAGUAAUGUUUUCUGAGGAAUGUAUAAUGGAUGUAAUUGGAUGCCUAGAAUAUGAUCCUUCUUUAUCGCAGUCACGGAAACACAGGGAAUUUCUGACAAAAACAGCAAAAUUUAAAGAGGUGAUUCCUAUAUCUGAUCCAGAGUUGAAGCAAAAGAUUCAUCAAACAUACAGAGUACAGUAUAUCCAAGAUAUGGUUCUACCCACUCCUUCAGUGUUUGAGGAAAAUAUGCUGUCUACACUUCACUCUUUCAUUUUUUUUAAUAAAGUGGAAAUAGUUGGUAUGCUACAGGAAGAUGAAAAAUUUCUGACAGACUUGUUUGCACAAUUAACAGAUGAAGCCACAGAUGAGGAGAAAAGACAAGAAUUGGUAAACUUUCUUAAAGAAUUCUGUGCAUUUUCUCAAACAUUACAACCUCAAAACAGAGAUGCUUUUUUCAAAACAUUGUCUAAUAUGGGUAUACUGCCAGCACUAGAAGUCAUCCUAGGUAUGGAUGAUGCACAGGUGCGAAGUGCAGCUACUGAUAUAUUCUCAUACUUGGUUGAAUACAAUCCAUCCAUGGUACGAGAGUUUGUUAUGCAGGAAGCUCAACAGAAUGAUGAUGAUAUUUUACUCAUUAACCUCAUCAUAGAACAUAUGAUUUGUGAUACAGAUCCUGAACUUGGGGGGGCAGUUCAACUCAUGGGUCUGCUUCGUACUUUAGUUGAUCCAGAAAACAUGCUGGCCACUGCCAAUAAAACCGAAAAGACAGAAUUCCUGGGUUUCUUCUAUAAACAUUGUAUGCAUGUUCUCACAGCUCCUUUACUGGCCAAUACAACAGAGGAGAAGCCUAGCAAAGAUGAUUUUCAGACAGCCCAGCUCUUGGCAUUAAUACUGGAAUUGCUAACAUUCUGCGUAGAACAUCAUACAUAUCACAUAAAGAACUACAUUAUUAACAAGGAUAUCUUACGGAGAGUACUAGUUCUUAUGGCCUCAAAGCAUGCUUUCUUGGCAUUAUGUGCCCUUCGUUUUAAGAGAAAGAUAAUUGGAUUGAAGGAUGAAUUCUACAACCGCUACAUAAUGAAAAGCUUUUUGUUUGAACCUGUGGUCAAAGCAUUUCUCAACAAUGGAUCCCGCUAUAAUCUGAUGAACUCUGCUAUAAUAGAAAUGUUUGAAUUUAUUAGGGUGGAAGAUAUAAAAUCAUUAACAGCUCAUGUAAUAGAGAAUUACUGGAAAGCACUGGAAGAUGUAGAUUAUGUGCAAACAUUUAAAGGAUUGAAACUACGAUUUGAACAACAAAGGGAAAGACAAGAUAAUCCCAAACUUGACAGCAUGCGUAGCAUCUUGAGAAACCAUAGAUACCGGAGAGAUGCAAGAACCCUAGAGGAUGAGGAGGAAAUGUGGUUUAAUAGUGAUGAAGAUGAUAUGGAGGAUGGUGAAGCAGUUGUGCCCCCCUCUGACAAAACUAAAAAUGAAGAUGACAUUAUGGACCCUAUCAGUAAAUUCAUGGAAAGGAAAAAAUUGAAAGAGAGUGAAGAAAAGGAGGUUCUUCUAAAAACUAAUCUUUCUGGUCGUCAGAGCCCAAGUUUCAAACUUUCCUUCUCCAGUGGUACAAAAACUAACCUUACCAGCCAGUCAUCUGCAAGUAACUUGUCUGGCUCUCCAGGAUCGCCAGGAUCUCCAGGGUCACCAGGAUCACCCGGAUCAGUUUCUAAAAGCACAUCUCAGAUGGCAGCUAUUACUACCAAGGGAGGCUUAGUGGGGCUUGUAGAUUAUCCUGAUGAUGAUGAAGAGGAUGAUGAAGAUGAAGAUAAGGAAGAAACUCUACCUUUGUCAAAGAAAGCAAAACUUGAGUCGUCAUAAUGGCAACGAACAUCAAUUCCAGUUGGGGAAAAAAGAAAACCUACUAAUUUUUCAAAUUUAAAAAUAACACACAACAAAGCAGCAAUCUUUUGUGAAAAUACUGUGUGAGACACAGAUCAGCCUUUACAAAUUGAUUUCUGCUAAUCAAGUGCCAAUUCAAAGGAGCAGAAGAAGGGGAAAAUAUUACAUUUGGGGGAAGACUUACGCCUUUGAGCUCUCCAACUUGGACCACACAUUGCCCUUUUCUCAGGGAAGGAAAUGGAAACAUAAAAAGCCAACAGGGCAGGAGUUUUGUUCAUGGAACUCUGGAUUGGCUGGUCAGUUGCUACAAUCAGAAUAUGCUUUCUUGGACAAUGUAUGAGACUUUUGAAGAAAAGGCUGUCUUGCUAUAAUUCUUCACUAAGAAUGCCAGCAGUUUCUUUGUAUAAAGAGACCUGCCUUUGAAAUCAUACAUUUUGAACAUUUUAGUCAAGCUGCAACAGGUUUUAAAAACCUCUAUGGGGGAAGGCCUGAAUAUAAAAUUUCCUCUUUUUUUAUCUGUUCCCUUUUGCCCUUUAAACUGCAGAAUUUUUUGGAGGUGGGGGAUUGGUCUGUCCCUUCUUGAUUAAAGAUUGAGUGGAAUUCUAGAUGUGGUCACUUUUGUGUCAUAAUUUUAUUUUAUUUUAUUUUAUUUUGCCCCCUGAGUGUAUGCUUAGUUGUUGAGUAUAUAUUUGGGACCAUUAAAAAUUUUUGAUGUAAUAUAAUCUCACUGUUGUGCUGGUACCUGUUUCACCCUGUGUAAUUUUGUUCUGCAUCACAAAUCUUAAUAUGUGUAGGAUUUUAUGGAAGAUGGUAUAGUUUUUAUUGAAAAAAAUAAUUCUUGCCACAAUGUGCAUACAAAAGCAAUACUAUUUUGUGACAAAAUAUUUUAUAUUAAACUUUACAUCAGCAACUGUCUUGAGCAACGAUUCAGGGAAAUAGGGUGGAGUUAAAAAAAAAGUUGAAGAAACCUAUUAAGAUGAAAUUAGUAUUCCAAAGAGAUUUUGAAAUAUCAUAACUGGAAACAGUAAAGGUAUACUUAUGAAUCAAAAUGGAUGAUGGAUGAUGAUUUAGGAGUAUCAAUAUAUUGACACAUUUGACUUAUGAAAAUAAAAAAAAGAGAUAAUUAAAGGUGAAGGAAAAUCUGCAUUAGUGGUAUUUUUUAAACCUCUGAUUCCCUUUGGAAUACCAGUUUUAGAGUUGUUUAUAAAGAUGGCUCCAGGAUUAUUCAUUUACUAUAAUACCAUGUAUUGAUAAGUCUUCUGAUACCUGACUGGAAAACAGACAUUAAACUUUUA